AUGACACGAAUGUGCUUCAUCUUCCUGCUGAUGAGUAACGCCGCCUCGGUCUACACGCAGUUUAAUGGAUACAACUGUGACACCAACUACCACAGCAGGUUUCCCGGUGAGCGGGACAUCAGUGUUUACUGCGGGGUCCAAACCAUCACCUUGAAGAUCAACUUCUGCCCGGUGCUCUUCUCCGGCUACACUGAUGCAGAUCUGGCCCUGAACGGCCGUCACAGCGAAGCUCAGUGUCGCGGCUUCAUCAACAACAACACCUUCCCCACGGCGGUCCUGUUCAGCAUCAGUCUCAGCACCCUGGAGGCCUGCGGGAACAGUCUGGUGGUCAGCACAGCCUACGGGGCCAAUGCCUAUGGGAACAUGUCUCUGGUACAAAUUGGGAAUGUCUCAGGCUAUAUCGAUACCCCUGACCCGCCGACUAUAAUCAGCUACCUGCCUGGCUUGUUGUAUAAAUUCAGCUGCAGCUACCCACUGGAGUACCUGGUCAAUAACUCACAGCUGGCAUCCUCCUCUGCUGCUGUUUCCGUCAAGGACAGCAACGGCACGUUUGUGAGCACGCUCAGUAUGAUCCUGUACAAUGAUUCAACGUACAAUCAGCCUCUGUCUAUCCCGAUGGCAGGCCUGGCUCUGAAAACCAGAGUAUUUGCCGCUGUGAAAGCCACAAAUUUAGACAAACGGUGGAACAUCUUGAUGGACUACUGUUACACAACCCCCUCAGGGAAUCCUAAUGAUGAACUCCGCUAUGACCUUUUCUUUGGCUGCUAUAAAGACCCCCAGACGACGGUUUUCGAGAAUGGAAAGAGUCAGAUGGGGAGGUUUUCGUUCGAGGUUUUCCGUUUCGUCAAACACAGACACCAGAAGAUGUCGACUGUCUUUUUGCACUGCGUCACCAAGCUUUGCCGGGCAGACGACUGCAUCAUGCUAAUGCCUAUUUGCGGGCGACGACGCAAGCGGGAUGGAGAGGAGAGCCUUGAAUCCCCACCGGCGGCAUCCGGGAACGCCGUGAUCACUGCCGGUCCAAUCAUCACCAGAAGUGACGAAACACCGGUCAACAACUCCCAACUAGCAUCUGGUGACCGCUCCCAGCCCAUGAACCCGGUGACCAGCGCCCUGAUCUCAGGUGUGGUCAUCCUGGGCGGAGUCAGCGUCGGCUUCUUCCUGCUAUCGCUCCACCUCCUGCAGAAGUCCCGCCUCCCAGCAGCUGCAGCCUCAGGUGUUUGGAACCCGAGUUUUAAAUGA